CAAAUUAUUGCGUAAGCAUGCAAAAUUUAAAUUUAUAUGACGUAAUAAAUUACAUAAAUUACAUUUAAAAGAAAACAUAAAACAGAUUAACCAUAUUUCUACAUGUCGUAACAUUUCUACAUGUUACAUUGUCGUAACAAAACCAGACAAAGGAACAGGUGUCGUGGUGAUGAAUAAAUCCCAAUAUACGGAGUUAUUGAAUAAAGCGUCCAUAAACAACGAAGAGAAAUUCCAAAGUGUCAGUCUGGAACGACCAAAGUCAAAAGGUAGACCGGUAAAACACUACCACCCAUUGCUUCAGAAAGAGAAAGAGAUAGAAAGCGCCGUACGAAAGAUCUUACCAAAACAAAUCGCAGAUUUCAUAUCCCCGAAAGGUUCACGUCUUGUGCAUCUUUACAGUCUUCCUAAGACCAUAAGAAAGAAUUGGCAAUGCGCCCCAUCCUUUCUGCCACAGAUACCUACAACUACAAGCUCGCAAAAUGGCUCGACGAGAAGCUAAAGCCUCUUUCCACCAACGAGUACACUAUUCCUGAUCCCCUCUUAUUCUCCGAAGAAUUGCGAAAGAAAGAAAUCCAAGAUGGUGAAAUCCUAGUCUUGUAUGAUGUUUCCUCCCUCUUUACCAACGUCCCGGUUGAUGAGACAAUAGAAAUCCUGGUAGACAAAGCAUUUCAUAACGAGUGGUUCAACAAGACAUAUCAUCUACAACUCGAAAGAUCGGAACUAGCUAACUUGUUGAACUUGGCCGUGAAGAACCAACUUUUCCAGUUAGACGGUAAGCUGUACCAGCAGGUAGACGGCGUUGCGAUGGGAUCACCACUUGGCCCCUUGAUGGCGAACACCUUCAUGUGUUCCAUUGAACAGAAACUCGUUGACAACAACCGUAUGCCCUCGUUUUACCACCGUUUUGUUGAUGACACCAUUACCACCCAACGAAGUUUAGCAUCGGAAGAUUUUCUUAAUACCCUCAACAACUGCCAUCCAUCCUUGAAUUUUACAAUGGAAUGUGAAGUCGACGGGAAGCUGCCUUUUCUUGGUAUGGAAGCGAUAAGAACGCAUGGCCAUAUCGAAACAAAAGUCUACGUCAAACCAACAAAUACCGGCCUCCUUCUUCACUACCAAAGCCAUGUCGAUCGUAGAUAUAAGAAAUCAUUGAUUACUACCAUGCUAAACUGUGCAUUCCGUUUAUCGUCAUCCUGGAAACACUUUGUGGAAGAGUGUGAUCGUCUAAAGAGCGUUUUUGCCAAUCUACGAUAUCCUCUCAGACUUGUUGACUCAAUCAUCUCCGAGUUUGUAACCAAGAAAUAUGCAGAAAUGAACAGCACGACCCCAACUGAGUAUGUGAAAAGAGAUGUGAUUUGCGUGGCCCUGCCGUUUAAAGAUCAGAAGUCAUCUGAUAUUGUGCGAAGACAACUCGCAGGCCUUGGUACGGUGAUUGGUAGAGCAUUAGAGCCAGUAUUUAAAAGUAGAAAGAUCAAAGAAGUUAAAGUUCACAAGAUGAAACCACCAAUUGUAAAUCAACAACGCGUUGUGUAUAGAUAUAAAUGUGAUCUGUGCGAUGCAGAUUAUGUUGGCUAUACUAGUCAGCACUUACAUCAGCGCAUUGAUGAGCACAAGCGAUCGGUAAUCGGGAAACAUAUGAGGGAAGAUCACGAAGAGGAUGCGUCGAGAAUUGAAGGUUGCUUUUCAAUUCUACGAAAAUGCCAAGGAAAGUAUGAGUGUCUUCUAUACAAAAUGCUGUAUAUUAAGGAACUAUCGCCGUCCUUGAACACUCAAUCGGACUCGAUUCGUUCAAAACUUUAUACUUAGUCCUAUAAUUAAUGGGCUUUAUGUUUGUUUUGUUUAGUAUGUUUGUUUGUUGUUGUUUUUUGUGUACAUGUUAUAUAUUUAUGAAAGACAGAAAUAUGGUUAAUCUGUUUUAUGUUUUCUUUUAAAUGUAAUUUAUGUAAUUUAUUACGUCAUAUAAAUUUAAAUUUUGCAUGCUUACGCAAUAAUUUGCUAACGUGACACGAACGGUUUAAUUUAAAUCAACGCAAUAUAUGUAAUACUAUAACUUGAAAAUGAUGCACGCUGUAGCAUCGAAACGUCGUUUAAUAAAUGUAAUAUCGCUAUCAUUUGUUUCAAAAUUAAGUAAGUAGGGUACUCUAAAAUCACUGUUAUAUCUAUUUAGUCUUAAAACGACAACUCGUUUCAGACAUAUUGUGGUUUAAAAUAAGUGUAUUGAAUUAGUGCGCUUGCUUGCCGCGUGCGAAUUUUCAAAAAGUCUGCUCUUGAAUUCAAUCACAAAUUCGCCAUAUUGCUUGCGCCUUAGGCGGGUAGAAACAUUGUAACAGCUUGCUGCUUAAUGAGUUAAUUUGUACUUGAUUAUAUAAUAAAUAUUUUUGUUGUGGAUGUAAUUUUCUUUUGAGGCGGAUGAAAAAUAACAAAAUUUGUCUUAUCAAUGUUAAGGGAAAGUUUAUUACAGUUAAGCCAGGAAUUAAUAUUUACGAUAUUAUUAUUAACAACUUGUUCCAUGUCCAAAAUACUCUUGUUUGUACAAAACAGAUUAGAAUCGCCAGCAAAAAGGUGAAAAUCGAAAACUUUUGAACUAUUACUGAAAUCAUUCAUAUACAGAAGAAACAACAGUGGGCCGAGUACAGAUCCUUGUGGGACACUGCAAGGAACAACAAGCUUGUCGGAUACUGAACUUCCUAUGGAUACAAAUUGUUUUCGAUUUUCUAAGUAUGAAAUAAACCAAUCUGUUGUUAUUCCCCUUAUACCAUAAUGCUCAAGUGUAGUUAUUAAUAUUUGGUGGUUGACAGUAUCAAAAGCUUUACUUAAAUCCAAAAAAAUUCCACAAGAAAACAAACCAUCCUCAAUUUCUUAUUGGUAAUUGAUAUGACUGCUUGUACUGUAGAGUGCUUUGACCUGAAUCCAAAUUGUCCCUUAUAAAGUAUUUCUCUUCUUUCAAUAUAGUUAGUUAACCUUUUACACAUCAAUUUUUCUAGCAAUUUAUUAAAGAUUGAUAACAGGGAGAUUGGACUAUAAUUGUUGACACAAGUUUGAGAACCUUUUUUAAUAUAGGAAUUACACAUGCUGACUUGAAGCUUUCAGGCACUACUCCAGUUAGAAAUGAAUGAUUAAAAAGUACUUCUAAUGGUUUUGAUAAAUAUGUAUUAAGUAUUUUAAGUAAUUUAAUUGGUAUACUGAAUGGCCCGGUAGCUUUUGUAGGAUUUAGUUUAAUAAUUUCCUUUUCUAUCUCAUAUCUUGUAACAGGACUGAGGAAGAAAUUAGAAGUUUGUGGAGGGUUCAUGUAACUUAAUGGUGGGACAUUUGUACUUGGAAUUGAACUAUCAAGGCGAUUACCUAUAUUAGAAAAAUAUUCAUUAAAUGUUUUGGCAAUUUCUUGAGCAUCUACAAUUUCUCUACUGUUUCUAAUCAAUUUAGAGGGUGCGGUUGAAUGUUUUGGUUUGAGUGUAAUUACACGUAAUUUGAGUGUAAUUGAGUUUCUAAAUUGAUUGCAAUUUUCCUCAUUACUUUUGCAAUUUAAAAACUCCCUUGGGAUUUGUUGCUAAAAGCCAAAAAAAAUUUCCUCGGUUCCUGUUAGAAGUUCCUAACUUCCUGUUUUGUUCUGGGCGUUGCAAUUGGCUAACAAAAAUAAUCGACCAAUAACAACGCUCAGAACAGAACAGGAAGUUAGGAAAUUAAAACAGGAAGUUAGGAAAAUUUAAAAUGAAGUUUGGAAUAUUGCAACAGCCGAUAGGAACUUUGCAAAUUCCCUCAAGGGAUUUGCAAAGAGUUUUUCAAAUUUGCAAAGUUAAUGAGGAAAAUUCCAAAUGAGUUACAAAGUCAAAAGAGGAACGCUUCACAUAGUUUACCUGUAAGUGUUUAUGCCUCUCCAAAUAGCUUUAACAUCUUUACUAUGUUUUAUAAAAUAACUAUUAUAAUAUUUCUCCUCACUAACUCUUAAUAGAUUAGUUAAUUUAUUUCUGUAUAAUUUGUAAUUAUGGCUGUAGUCAGGGCUUUUAUUAUUUAGGUAUUUGUUAAAUAACUUAUUCUUAGUUUUAAUCGAAAUCUUAAUACCAGGUGUAAUCCAGGGUUUAGAAUAAAACUUAAUUUGUUUUUUGCUAAGCUUCUUAACAGGGUCAUACUUGUCUAUAAUAUCUGCAAUUGUAGAAUAAAAUCUGUCAAAAAUAAUAUUAACAUCACAGUCAUGAGGAAAAAUGGUUUCCCAAUUGACAGACUGUAUUUCAUCAAUUAAAGCGGUCUCAUCUAAAUUUGAAUAAUCUCUUUUAUAAAUUUUGAAAUUUUUUGGCAAUGCAUUUAGUUGGUUAAUAAUAAGAAAGUUGGGAAGACGAUCAGAUAUAUCAGAAAGUAUAUUGCCACUUAUAGUACGAUACUUAAUAGAAUUUAAAAAUAUAUUGUCAAUAAGUGUUGCUGUGUGAUUUGUUAUUCGUGUGGGUUUAUGAAUAUGUGGAGUAUAAAAAUAAGACCUUAAAGUCUUUACAAAAUCCUUAGUUGGAGUAUGGGCUGAAUAGUUGAGAAGAUUUAUGUUAAAAUCUCCCAGGAUGACACAAGUUUUAUUUUCUUGCUGAAUUUUGUCGAGACAUGAGUAUAUAUGCUUCUAAAUUGACUCUAGGGUGCCUAUACAAAACACCGCAAGUUAAUUUUUUAUUUAGUAUUUCAAUAUCAACCCACAAACCAUAUUGGUUCCAAGUCGUCAUGGGCCAUUUGUAGAUUGUCGUACGAUUUCUUUAAUUGUGCACAAUUAUUUUCCAAAUCAGUGAUUUUUGCUUGAAGGUCGGUAUUAUCAAACAACAGACUUUCUAAAAGCUCUUGCUUUAUUUUAGUUGUAUGCUUUUCAUUUUGAGAAAUCUAAUCAGCUAUUUUAGCAAUAAAGCUUUCGUUCACACACAUAGUGUCGAUAAUUGCGGAUGGUACAGCCUCAGCAAUGCAUUUAAAGAUAUCGCCAUCGCCUAGAAUUAGUUCAGAAAUUUGCUUUUUGAUGUUGUCAUCUUUCUUGGUUUGUUUAGCGGACAUUUCGAUUAAUUUAACAAAGCACAAAGAUAAUUUGAAAUGACUCAAUAAGUAGUUAAAGUUCUUGAUGAAUUUACUUCAGAUUCAUAUAGUAUAUAAGCUUGUGGCAGACAAGGAUUGACGUUUUACUCGGAGCUCUUAAACACACAACCCUUACCAAAGCAAAAGUAUGGGAAAGAUAUGGCAAAGUUUGGGCCAUAUAUGACCCAUAUGUGGGCAUGAUAUGGGACAAUAUAGAUAUCAUGUGGGAUUGGUAUGGUGUCUAAAUUUGUUAAAUAUUGAGAUAUGGAAAAGCUAUGGAAACAAACACAUUGCUAUUAAUCCUAUGGGAAAUCUGUGGGGUUACUUGGUCCAUAGGUAAUCCAUAUCAAUGGCAUGCUUUUACAUAUAACCAAUUCUAUGGGAAUUAUAUGGUAGUCCACACUUGGUUGUCCCAUAUACUUCCCAUACCUAUGGGAAUUAUAUGUAGUACACACUUGGUUGUCCCAUAUAAUUCCCAUAUAUGGGAAUUAUAUGGUAGUCCACACUUGGUUGUGCCAUAUACUUCCCAUAUCUAUGGGAAUUAUAUGGAGUCUGAACUUGGUGUGGUUCUGGCCUCCAAUAGAGAAUCAUACAUAUGCAUAUGAUUUCUAUGGCAAUGCUAUGCCAACACUUACGAAAAUUUCCUAUAGGAAUUCCUAUAAGAAAUGAAAUUCCUAUAGGAUUUGAAAAUUCCUAUAAGAAUUCAUAUAAGAUUUGAAAAUGGUGAAAAAAUUCCUUUAGGAAAACGAAAUUCCUAUAUAUAUACUAAUAUACAUAUAGGAAAUAAAAAUUCCUAUAGGAUUGGAAAAUAAAUUUAUUCUAACAUUAAUUAAAUGAAUAAUUACCGCAAUGUGCGCGACCAACAGACUGGUGUCUAGUUUUUUGCCACACGCACAAAGCAUCUUGGGAUAGGUCAUCACACCUCCGAUAUUUUAUAAAUUUUUUGUUUGUGAAUGCUUUAUAUGUUCAAAAUAGAACUAUUUUUGAUGAGAUUCAACUGGAUUUUCGCUAGUAAUACAUCAGCGAUGUUUGUAUAAUGUUCAGGUGAGCAUAUGUUUAUAUUUUGUUUUAUAAUAAAGCAAAUUAUAAAGGAAUACCUAGUCCAAUAUUUGUGAAAUUCGAGCAUGUGUUUCGAUCGGUUUAAAAUUUGAAUUUGCCGCGACAAUAAUGGAUUAGAACGCUGAUAUAAAUAUAUUUAUCUGUCUUUUAUACUUCAAUAAAUGCUACUAUAAGAGUUUUAUAUUUGAAUUAGACUUUUCAAUGUUUAUUGGUUAAUAUAUUUGUAUAUGCUAUAUAAAACUGUAUAUGCAAGAUUAAUUGCAGACAUUAAGCAUGCCUACAUAUAGACUAUAUAGUACUAUAUGCUCAUAUUACAUAUAGUUUGAAAAUUUAUCUACUUGCUCAAAUCAGCAGCAACCUUCCUAAGAUUCUGAUAUCAAAUUAAAAUUGAUAUUUCAUUGGGAGAGGUGUAAUUGCACCAGUCAAUAUGAAUUAAAAUAUGUUAGCCUUAGUGUAAUGCCAGGAAAAUUCUCCAUAUUUUUUAUGAAAUUAACAUUUAACUAUGUGAUGGUAUAUUCAAGUUAACGAGACUCUUUACUUACAUUUCACACUAACUCGUUAGGAUGAAUAUGCUCAACUUUCAGUACUUUUUUAUUUUACCUUGUCUAACACCAGAUCAAAUAUUUUACUUGUGAAAGAGAGUGGACAACUUUGAUAGGUUAUCUUGCUCAGUGGCGACUGUGGCGUAACGUUAUAUCAAGGAGCCCCCGGUUCAAACUUUUCGAAGGCCCCCCCUAGUAAAAUUGCCAGAGCCACAAGUCGAGCGCCGUAUAUGCACAAGUUUUCUAGUGGGUCCAGAGCAUGCUCACCCAGAAAAUAUUUUAAUCUAGACUCUCUGAAAUGCCAUUUCCCAGACUUUGGGGAGAGACUUUACAGAAUUCUGAUGGUCAGAGAAUGGCAUUGUUGCUCUAUAGGCUAUAGCCUGAGGGCCCCCCGUUGGGGUUGGGGGCCCCAGGGUUCUCCCGGUCCGAGCCCAUAGUAGUUACGCCACUGAUCUCGCUGUCCCCCUGUGUUAUGUGUAAACUCAUUAAGACCCAAUUCACACUAAUCUGCUCUAUUUCAAAGCUCAAUAUUUUGGCCUGUCUAACACCAGACUAUUUUGCAUUGUUUGUUGUUAACACAUUAAGAUGCAAUUCAUCCUAUCACUCCCCACCUUCAGUACUUUGAUAGUUAAUUAUCAGAUGAUUUUACUCAUCAAGAUGAGUGUUGGUUAUUGAAAGGUUAAUAAUUAACCGCAAAAGCUGCUGUGUUGGCAUAUUUAGAAGCAAUGUGCCCUACUUUUAGUACUUUGUUAUUUUAUUAAAUAUUUGUUCCAUUAAUGUUCCAGACUCUCCACUUAACAAAUAAAAUUGUCUGUCAUUAGACAUAUGGUAAAACAUAAUGAUUUGGCAUUUGACAGAGUAAAGUUGUUUUCUGUUAGACAGAGUAAAAUAAUAGAUUUUGUGCAAAAAUGCUUGAUGGAAAUUUGGCUGCAGAAUAUAGGGUAUAAAUUUUCUGUCAGUAUAAUCAUUUUUGUCAAAUCUGGCAAAAUCUUGACGUUUGAAUUAUUUCGUCCUGCAGAUGAUAGAAGUUGUAGAAGGAUCUGUCAUGUUCUGGAAUUGCCACCAGUGGGCAUAUUGCUCUGCAAGAUUUUCUAAUGAAGGCCCUGCACCAAGUCAGGUGAUACAAAAAAUAAACAUGAAAAGUGUAGAAGCCAGGCGUCCACAAAGAGUUUGAAUAGUCUGUAAUCAAGCCCACAAGUUGAGAGGACUGAGGACAUUAUAGAUACCGAUACAUUUAUAUAGAUCAAUAAGCACUUAGCAAUUGACAUUAUUGCAUGUUUGUAUAUAUAGUUAUACCAUGGUAAUUUAGUUAGACAAACUUUGCAAGUUCAUUAAGAAAUAGUAAAUUAGUUAGCAAUUUUGUAAUUAUUUGUUUAUUUAUUUGUGUAUUGUGUUUUUGAAGAUUUUUUGCAUGUUAAUAAAACUAUGUAUGCCACCAGUACAAAUUUCUUGAGCUGUAGCAAGUAUAUUUGGAAUGGUAUGGCCACUUGUUUUCAUCCCAUACCAAACCCACAUGUGUUAGCAUCUAGCAUUUGGAUGUUAGAUGUUAACAUGGGUUUGGUAUGGGAUGAAAACAAGUGCCCAUACCAUUCCCAAUAUAAUAUGAUAAUUGUUGCACCCAUACCAUUCCCAUAGUUUAUACAUCAAGAACCAUAUGAAUUCCAUAUCAUGUUCCCAGAUCAUUCCCAUAUAGAAUCCUAUCUUACCCAUAGCAAAGUUGUUAUGAAAUGAUAUAAGGAACCCAUUUAUUUCCCAUAGUAAGUGAUAUGGGAUAUGUAUGGAUUUGUACCAAAUACGUAUCAAACCCGCCAUAUCAAAAACAUGAUAUUGGUAUGCUAUGAAGGCAACCAGGCCACACCAAAGCCAUAUACUUCCCAUAUAUGGCCCAUAGGUUGAACCAUAUCAAUCCCAUAGUUUAUACAUCACGAACCAUAUGAAUUCCAUAUCACGUUCCCAGAUCAUUCCCAUAUAGAAUCCUAUCUUACCCAUAGCAAAGUUGUUAUGAAAUGAUAUAAGGAACCCAUGUAUUUCCCAUAGUAAGUGAUAUGGGAUAUGUAUGGAUUUGUACCAAAUACGUAUCAAACCCAUAUCAAAAACAUGAUAUGGAUAUGCUAUGAAGGCAACCAGGCCACACCAAAGCCAUAUACUUCCCAUAUAUGGCCCAUAGGUUGAACCAUAUCAAUCCCAUAGUUUAUACAUCAAGAACCAUAUGAAUUCCAUAUCACGUUCCCAGAUCAUUCCCAUAUAGAAUCCUAUCUUACCCAUAGCAAAGUUGUUAUGAAAUGGUAUAAGGAACCCAUGUAUUUCCCAUAGCAAGUCAUAUGGGAUAUGUAUGGAUUUGUACCAAAUACGUAUCAAACCCAUAUAAAAAACAUGAUAUGGGUAUGCUAUGAAGGCAACCAGGCCAUACCAAAGCCAUAUACUUCCCAUAUAUGGCCGUAGGUUGAACCAUAUCAAUCCCAUAGUUGGUCCAUAUAUGUCCCAUAUAAUUUGGUUUUGUAAGGGAAAUACUGUAAAUGAAAUGUAAACUAUAAAAGGAGUUUUCGAGGUAGUUUUGAUGUUUAUAUGUACUCAGCCCGUCUCAGGUGAAUAUAAUGUUUUUGAUGUUACUCUGAGUGUGUAUCCACACUGGGCAGGCUGAAAAGUUAACCUGACCACAGUGGGAAUCAAACCUGCGACCUUUGGGAUACUAGGACUUCCAAUAAUAUUUGGGAUUCCAGAUUCCCAGUAUUA